UGGAAAUUAUUAUUUUGUUUAGAUUUUAGUUCUAAAUUUAUAAUACAGAGAAUAGUGAAUUAUUCAGAUUGGUAAAUAUUGUAAAAUGUCAAUAUUGAAUUAAAAUGAACUGCGUAUAUUUUUAACUGAGUUUCAAUAAAAAUUGUUUCGAAAUUAUAAAAACUUAUCAAUUUCAUUUACACAUUCCUUUCUUUUGUUAAACUAUAUAAAUUAGGAAAAAUUUUCAAAAUUGUGUUCUGUAAUUAAAAGCGAUUAUUACUGAAGAUUUCAAAUUUGUUCAGCAUUCUUGUAUAAGAAGAAUAAAUGGCGAUGAGGACAAUUCUUUGGUGUUUGCUAAUAAAAAUUUUCAUCAUUAACGGAUCGUCAGCGAAUGAUUGUUUACUCAAGAAUAAUGAACUAAAUAAUCAUGAAACUGCGAACGAAGAAUUUCAACUCUGCAAAGAUGAGCAAAUAGUUUUAAAUUUUUCCAAAACUACCAUAACUAAACUCGAAGAAAAUUUUCUCACAAAUACAUUACUUUCAUGUUUGAAAAUUAAUAACAAAGGCAUAACAAAAGUAUCAUCCACAGCUUUUGACAAAAUGCCAAAUUUAACUUAUUUAAAUCUUGCCAACAAUUCAAUUGAAGAAGAUGAUUUGUUGAUUGAAGGGAAUUUACAAAAUUUGAAGAUACUUAUUUUAGAUAGUGCCUAUAAUUUAAAUGAUGGUUUUGCUAAAGAAAUAACUUUACGCGGAUAUUACCCCUCUCUUGAAAAACUCUAUCUGAGGAACAAUGACAUUUUAUUAGUAAAAUUAGAAGGACUAGUUUUUCAUGAAGAUAAUUUUUCCAAAUUAACACAUUUAUAUUUAAAUAAUAAUUCAAUUGUACUCUUCAACAACCCCAUUGCAGGUGGAUAUACAGCUGUAAAGUAUAUUAAUUUAAAUAAUAAUAAUCUGCUGUCUGUGCAAGUUAAUCUACCAGCACUCGAAUUUCUCUCCUUUAAUUACAAUCAAGUUUGGAAAUUGGCCUUAAUAGGAACAAAAAAACUAGUCGAACUGUACGCAGCACAUAAUAAAUUAUAUGAAUUCACUGAAGAAUCUUUACAAGAAUGUGAAAAAUUAAAAAUUUUAGAUCUAAAAAAUAAUGAAAUUACUAAAUUCAGUAGAGUAAUUUUCGAAAAAUGCAUUUCGUUGGAAUACUUGAAUUUAGAUAACAAUGAAAUUAGUGAGAUUCCAGUUGUAAAUUCAACUUCAUAUUUAAAGAGAUUCUCAUUACGAUGGAAUAGAAUUAAUUCUUUGCGUCCAGACACUUUUUCUCUGAUGCCACAUUUAAUUGUACUCCGUCUAGAUGGAAACAGAAUUUUUAAAGUUGAAGCCAAUACAUUUCUAACACUCGUCAAUUUACAAAGUCUCACUCUCGGUAAUAAUCAACUUGCAAAUUUACCUGAAAAUUGGUCGAAAAAUUUAAGAAUGCUGAAGAAUUUGAAUUUAGAAAAUAAUAAAUUCAAAAUGUUGGAAGAUUUAUCUCUGAAGCAGGAAGAUGUGAUUUUAAAGUUGAAUCUCACUGAUAAUCCUCUUGAACAACUGACGCGUAAUUCUUUUAUGUUUAUACCCGAAAAUACUACAGUUUAUUUGAGUUCUAAUGCUAGUGGAGUCGAAAGUUGUGUAAGGAGUAAUUGAUAUACUUUUGGAUUUCUAAUAAUGUA